AUGGAGGGAUCAGAAACACCUAAUGGUGCGGUUUCUGGGUACGAUGGACUGAGUGAGCUUAAGGAAAACGGGAAAGCUACAGAGGAAGUCAAGAUGGAGCCCGGGACGGAGGCCGGGGCGGAGGCCAAGCCGAACGGCACGGUCGUGGAUGCAGCAGCCCCGUCGCUGCUAACUGGCGGAGCGAACAACCCGGAGCUGCAGAACAUGAAGCUCAAGAACGUGGAUGCGAAUGGUAACAGCAAGCAGAGCAAGAAUGGGCAGACGCACCGCAUUGACAUCGACAGUGUCAUGACGAGAUUCCAGCGUAAACUCGGCAGGAACUGGGACCGCUAUAGAGACGCAAUCACGCAUUUUUUGAUGGGAAAGCUGACCAGACCCGAGCUUACUGCGGUGCUGAGCAGCUUCCUUACUCCACUCGAAGUGAGAACGCACAACUACCUGCUGCUAGCCAUUUUGGCUAAUUCGCUGCGAGAGCCUCCUCCCGGGGACGACGGCGGUCUGAGCGGCUGGAAGGCUCGUGGAACGACAAGAAAGGCGAACGUAGACACGCCCACCGAGCUUUUGCACCGCGAAAUCAUGGCGUUACCUGCGCGUGAGCGUAAACGGAUCAAGAACAUUGCUCGCGACAAUAAGCGACCAAACGUGCCUGUGCCUUUACCGUGUCUCAUUGCCACGCGUCAAGCAAUGUUACCGCACUUGCCCUACGCUCAAGACCGGCGAUCACAACCUAAUGCAAUGGCCGGCGGCUCACCGCUAGAUGCCCGCAGUCAGCCGGGCUCUACGCCCAUGUCUCCGCAAAUGCCCCGCCAGGCGCUACAGAAGGGUGAUCCGAAGGGCAAACUUCAAAAGGGACAGGAAACCCCGCCCAAAACUGGUGCACGCGGCAAGAUGGCCGGCAGAGCCGAAUUCUCCACCCCACCUCCAGAAAGCGAGGUUGUGGGUGCCGACGGCAAUUCGCUGAACCCAGGACGUCUCAGCGGACCGCUGACAUGGACGCAGGAUAUUAUCCAUGGAUUCGAGGCGCCGCUGGCCGGCGAGAUUUUCGAAUUGCCUGACGAUGACAGCAUAAGCGAGCGGGUUCUUGGUAUUGCCCUGGAGCAUGGAAUCACUAAUGGCUACGAGGCUGGCGUAACCGACGUGUUGCUUGCCGGCGUUGAGCAGUACUUGACGACUAUAUUAUCCACAUUGGUUCCGCUAACAAGUAACAGAACAGUAUCGACCACCGAUCCGCUCAGCGCAAAGGACCUGCAAACAAUGUUCACCCAAAACGCCAGCCGCUUCCGCGAGUUCUAUGGUCCCCUGUAUCGUAUCUCCACACAUUAUCUUCAGGACGAAGAAACUGCCACCAGCGCAGACCUGGAGCCCUCGGAUGCGACUCAGGACGAGCCCAAGCCAAGCCUGUGGUCGUUGGACCGGCCCUCUCAACGUAAACGCACAGCUCAAGAGAUUGAUUUGCUCGAAAACUCAAACAAGGGCAAGCAGUUCGUCCGCCAGCUGUUGGAUGCUCACAACCCCCCCUAUAAUCUAUAA